UCUUCUUCUCCAGCUCUGUGUUUCAACACCACCAACUGCAGAGAGAACUCCAGAAGCUCCAGACCAGGCGGGGCUGGACCAGCACCGGACCCAGUGUCCUGUUUCUGCUUUGCCCCCUUCUAUAAAUAAGCGGGGUGAUGUAGGAAGGGGUGUUUUCUGACGCCACGGCCCAGGAAUGGCUCCUGAGUGACGGGGGGAAGGAGGGAAGGAGGGAAGAAGCCCCCACAGCUCUCUCUCCAUGACUGGGAGUAUUUUUGGCCGUGUUGUCAUCUCUCCGUAACACGGGCGUAUAUAUAAAGGAGAGGCUGGAGGAAAAAUGCAUCUGUACAGCAGUGCCCUCACACACUACCCUCCUCUCUCUCAGAAAGUUCUGAUAACUAUCAGCACCAGCAGCGGCAGCAAGCCAUCUGCCGAAGACUCCAGCUCUGCUAAAGCCGCUAACUUCCAGAACGCAGAGGAACCGUUGGCUGGAAACAUGCCUGCCUUCGCCUGUUACGACACUGCUGCUUCCAUGAGGCCGCAUUUGUUCACAUCCAGAGCUGAAAUCAUCAUAACCCGGCCUGAUGGAGUGGAGAGAUCUGUUCCAAUUCAUCUAGUGAAGCAAGGGAGUCAUCUAGACCUUCUGGGAUCUACAACAGAGAAUGGGUCUAGUAAAAAACCUGGAUUGACCAAUCAUCAUCAAUCAUCAACACGCGAGGAUGUUUCAAUAUAUGAGAGCUUGCCAGGAAUUAUUAGAAAUAUUUGCAGAGCAUCUGAGUCUAAGGAUGAAGAGGAACCAGUAGGCUUGUGUAUCGCCAUCAACGAUGCGACGACUCAACAGCAACAGUCGUCACAAGGUUCUUCACAAAGUGUUGCGUCAAAAGACACAAGUAAAGAAGAAGAGGAAGAUGAACAACAAGAACAAGAAGACAACGAAGAAGAAUAUGAAGAAGAUGAAGAAGAAAAGUCGUUCUACCCAAUCAAAAGCAAAGACUCAACCAGAGUUCCAUUAGAGCGACAGCCAACCGAAGAGUACGAAUACGACAAAGACCCAGUCUUCGAACUCAAGAUUCUCCAAGAUUCGCCCCCAACCGUGGUCAACAAUAAGACCAGCAGCAGCAGCAGCAGCUCCAGCCUUAACGACAAAGUGAGCCAAUACCUGGCAGAGGUGGACAAGCAGAACAAGUACCUCCAGGACAAGAGGAGGUACCGUUUCCACAUCAUCCCUGAUGGAAACUGCCUUUACCGAGCAGUCUCUAAAGCCGUGUACGGAGACCAGUCCAUGCACAAAGAUCUCCGAGAGCAGACGCUCUACCACAUCGCCGACCACCUCGAUGAAUUCAGCCCCAUCAUCGAAGGCGACGUGGGCGAGUUUUUGAUCAACGCGGCGCAGGACGGGGCCUGGGCCGGAUAUCCCGAGCUUCUUGCCAUGACUCAGAUGCUGAAUGUCAACAUUUACCUGACCACUGGAGGCAGUCUGGAAAGCCCUACCGUGUCAACCAUGACGCACUACCUGGGAGAAGAAGACCUGUCCAAACCAGCCAUUUGGUUGAGUUGGCUGAGCAACGGACAUUACGACGUGCUGCUGGACCAAUGCCAGCCCAACCCCGAGUACGACGACUGGUACCGUCACACGCAGGUUCAGCGCAAACGCGAUGAGGAACUGGCCAAAUCCAUGGCAGCGUCCCUGUCCAGAAUGUACAUUGAGCAGAAUGGCCUUCACUAAAAGGAGCUGACCAGAUACACAAUGCACUGUUCCAAUGAUAGCAUCUACUGUACUGUGCUCUUUAUAUACUUUAUAUACUGUAUUUGUUUUGUUUUCUAAAAGGAUUGCACUUCUGAUUCCAAAAUCCGUUUGGAUUAAGUUGCCUUAAUUUAUUGUAGCUGUGUGUGUGUGUGUUUGUGUGUGUUUUUAUAUCAGUGUUUUUAAGUGCAGCGCACAAGACAUGAUGUGUAGAAUGUGGAAUUAUGUGGAAGCCUGUUGGCUGGGUGUUUGUGUGUAUGUGUAAAUAUGAGUGAAAGUACUGGGAAAUUGUGAUGGUGAUUUAUAUAUAUCUAUAUAUUUUUUUUCCAAACUUAUUAAAAAAAGUUUAUCCUGCUUCUA